AUGGGUCAACUGCACAACGCUGGUGGUUCUCAAAUUGCAUGGGCUACAUUUGAAGCUUAUUUCUGUUGGGAAUUCAAUUUCUUCUAUUGGAUUUCCCUCGCUCAAAAUAUUGCGUUUAACACAUGUUUUAUUCACAAGUGGUCCGAGUUUCUAGCUGGAUGCUCAAUUCUUGAGGAUUUGUAUGCACAUGAUAUAGAGUUCCUCACCGAUUAUGAGUCCUCUUUUUAUGGUCAAGAGUUUAAAAGCUUAACCUUAUCCAAAUUGACCACAGCAAAUAUUGCUGGUUACCAUUAUUUUCCGGUGAAUCCAUUUUCUAAUGUGAAGUUUCUGGGCUUAGAAAUAAAACAGGUGCAUCAUGACUUUCCUUCCUUUCAUAAUUUGACCCAAUUGGAGCUUUUGAUUGAACUGGAUAAGUCGCAAUUGCUAGCAGAAAUGCUCAAGCACUGCCCUAAGCUUCAAAGCCUUUCCCUUCAGGUUCGGGAGGAAGAUUGGAUGCGUGGUCCAGAAAAUUGGGCGGAUCCAGAUUUUGUUCCUGAAUGCCUUUUGUUAAACCUGAAAACCUGCUCUUUUCGAUAUUUUGAAGACCUAGAAGUUGAGCUUCAGUUAGCAAGAUAUAUUUUGAAGAAUGCUAGAGUUUUACAAACCAUGAAAAUCUUGACCGGGCCUGCAAUCAGCCGAAGACAAAUCAAAAUGAUUAGAGAAAAGUCAUCCUCAAGCAAGCUCAGUCCUUCAAGAUGUCAAAUUAUAGCUCAUCCGAUGUACAGCCAUCAAAGAAGUUAGUUACGGCAGAGGCUAAGCUAAGCGGAAGAGGAAACACAGCCAUAUCAUAAUGUGGGAGUAAAGGUUGAAAAUUUGCUAUGAUGUAAUCCCAAGUUGUAUUUCCAUUUGUAAGACUCAUGUUGGAUUCUUGAGAUGUACUUAAACUGAUAUAUGAAGGAAAUUUGAACUUGGUUUUAAUUGAUUCCAUCAUUAUGAUUGUAAA